AUUCUGGUCUUUUUUUCACCUUUCUUUUUGGAACUAAAUAGAUAGAUACUACUCUUAGUUUGAGUUCAAACCAAGAAAACACUCACACAUCACACAGUUACAUUACACAUUCACUAUUGAGAAUUGAAAUAGUUCAAAACCCAAUGACUCAAACCCAAGAAGAAAAGUUAAGAAUUUGAUGCAAAUGUUUUCAUUCUUUUCAAUGCUUAACUCUUCCUCUUCCACUUCUUCAUUCCUUUGUGUCAUUAUCCUCCUCCAAACUACUUUCUCUUUCUCUUAUUCUAAUCCUAACCAUGAAGUCACAACUCUCUUCACAUGGCUUCAUACUUCAUCUUCACAACCACCACCUCCAUCAUUCUCUAACUGGAAUGUCCUUGACAUAAAUCCAUGCAACUGGACCUCCAUAACAUGUUCUUCACUAUCCUUUGUAACUGAAAUCAAUAUUCAGUCCAUCACUCUUCAGCUUCCUAUACCUUCAAACCUCUCUUCAUUUCAGUUUCUGAAUAAACUUGUUAUUUCUGAUUCCAAUCUCACUGGAGUUAUUCCUUUUGACAUUGGUCAUUGUUUUUCACUUACUGUUAUUGAUCUUAGCUUUAACAAUCUUAUCGGUUCGAUUCCUGCGAGUAUCGGGAAGUUGCAUAAUCUAGUUAACUUGUCUUUGAAUUCAAAUCAGCUUACUGGUAAAAUUCCAGAUGAGAUAAGUAACUGCAUUAGUCUGAAAAAUCUUCUUCUUUUCGAUAAUCAGUUAGGUGGAAGUAUACCGGAUUCGAUUGGAGAAUUGUCGAAACUCGAAGUUCUUAGAGCAGGUGGAAACAAAGAUAUAACAGGGAAGAUUCCAGAAGAGAUUGGAGAAUGUAGUAAUUUGACAGUUUUGGGGCUUGCUGAUACAAGAAUUUCAGGCUCUUUACCUGUUUCUUUUGGUAAACUUAAAAGGCUUCAAACUUUGUCAAUUUAUACAACUAUGAUUUCUGGUGAAAUUCCUAAAGAGAUAGGUGAUUGUUCUGAGCUUGUUGAUUUGUUUCUGUAUGAAAAUAGUUUAUCAGGUUCUAUUCCAUCAGAGAUUGGUAAGCUCAAGAAGCUUGAACAGUUGUUUCUAUGGCAGAAUGGACUUGUUGGUGCUAUUCCAAAUGAGAUUGGUAACUGUUCAAGUUUGAGAAACAUUGAUCUAUCUUUGAAUUCUUUAUCUGGAACUAUACCUUUGUCUUUAGGGGAUCUUUUAGAGCUUCAGGAGUUUAUGAUCAGUGAUAAUAAUGUAUCUGGUUCCAUUCCUGCAACACUUUCAAGUGCUAACAAGCUUCAACAGUUGCAAGUUGAUACGAAUCAGCUCUCGGGUUUGAUUCCGUCGGAGAUUGGGAAGUUGUCGAGUCUUUUAGUGUUUUUCGCUUGGCAGAAUCAGCUUGAAGGAAGCAUUCCUUUAAGUUUGGGAAACUGUAGUAACUUACAAGCACUUGAUUUGUCGAGAAAUUCGCUCACUGGUAGUAUUCCUUCUGGACUAUUUCAGCUUCAAAACUUAACAAAACUGCUUCUCAUUUCCAAUGACAUAUCAGGUUCUAUACCAUCGGAAAUCGGUAGUUGUAAGUCUCUUAUAAGGUUGAGGCUUGGAAGCAAUAGGAUUGUUGGAAGCAUUCCUAAGACAAUUGGAAGUCUCAAGAGUUUGAACUUUUUAGAUCUCUCGGGGAACCGUCUUUCGGGUCCGGUUCCUGAUGAAAUAAGAAGCUGCACAGAAUUGCAGAUGAUAGACUUCAGUGCUAACAACUUAGAAGGUCCGCUUCCGAAUUCGUUGUCGUCGCUAUCUUCACUUCAGGUAUUGGAUGCUUCUUUUAACAAGUUUUCAGGUCCGUUGCCAGCGAGCUUUGGUCGCCUUGUUUCGUUAAGUAAGUUGAUCCUAGGAAAUAACUUGCUUUCGGGACCGAUUCCUUCAUCACUAGGCCUAUGUUCAAGUCUCCAACUUCUUGAUCUUAGUAGCAAUCAGCUCACUGGAAGCAUACCCGACGAAUUAGGCCAAAUCGAAGCCCUAGAAAUCGCUCUCAAUCUUAGUUGCAAUCUACUAAGUGGAACAAUACCGCCUCGAAUAUCUUCUCUUAACAAGCUUUCCAUAUUAGACCUUUCAUAUAACCAGUUGGAAGGAGAUUUACAAACUCUCUCAGAGCUAGAUAACCUUGUCUGCCUCAAUGUUUCUUACAACAAAUUUUCCGGCUAUCUUCCCGAUAACAAGCUUUUCAGACAGUUAACAUCGAAAGACAUCACUGGAAAUCAAGGACUCUGCACUUCAGGUCAGGAUUCAUGUUUUGUGAAGGAUUCUAGCAAAACCGAUAUGGGGUUGAAUGAGAAUGAGGUAAGGAAAUCGCGAAGGAUUAAGCUAACCAUUGGAUUGCUGAUAGCGUUAACAGUAUUAAUGAUACUUAUGGGGAUAACUGCUGUGAUCAAAGCAAGGAGAACCAUUCGAGACGAUGAUUCGGAGUUAGGAGACUCGUGGCCAUGGCAAUUCAUACCAUUCCAGAAGCUAAAAUUUUCAGUGGAGCAAGUACUGAGAUGUUUGAUUGAUAGGAAUAUAAUCGGUAAGGGAUGUUCGGGUGUUGUUUAUCGAGGUGAAAUGGAUAACGGGGAAGUCAUUGCUGUGAAGAAACUUUGGCCUAUAACAACCGAUGAAGGAGAGGCGUUGAAGGAUUUCAAAAGUGGAGUUCGAGAUUCGUUCUCAGCUGAGGUUAAGGCGCUUGGCUCAAUCCGUCAUAAGAACAUUGUGAGGUUCUUAGGUUGUUGUUGGAACAAAAAAACAAGAUUGCUUAUUUUUGAUUAUAUGCCGAAUGGAAGUUUAAGCAGUGUACUUCAUGAGAGGACUGGAAAUUCUCUUGAAUGGGAACUUAGGUUCCGAAUUCUGUUAGGUUCUGCAGAAGGACUUGCGUAUCUACACCACGACUGCGUCCCCCCUAUAGUACACAGAGAUAUUAAAGCCAAUAACAUCUUAAUUGGACUUGAAUUUGAACCUUAUAUAGCCGACUUUGGCUUGGCAAAGCUUGUCGAUGAUGGAGAUAUCGGUCGUUCUUCCAAUACAGUAGCCGGUUCCUACGGAUACAUAGCUCCAGAAUACGGCUACAUGAUGAAGAUCACAGAAAAGAGCGAUGUUUAUAGCUACGGUGUAGUUUUGCUAGAAGUCUUGACAGGCAAGCAACCGAUCGAUCCAACAAUACCAGAUGGCUUACACAUUGUUGAUUGGGUGAGACAGAAAAGAGGUCUUGAAGUACUUGAUCCUAGCUUACUCUCAAGACCAGAAUCAGAAAUAGAAGAAAUGAUACAGGCAUUGGGAAUAGCCUUAUUGUGUGUAAAUUCAUCUCCAGAUGAAAGACCAACCAUGAGAGAUAUAGCUGCAAUGUUGAAGGAAAUAAAGCAUGAAAGAGAGGAAUAUGCGAAAUUCGACGCGCUUUUAAAAGGGUCUCCUGCAAAUGAUUCCAAAGUUGUUGCAACAUCUUCAUCAGCUUCAAUCAUGCAAAGUUUGAAUGCAAAAAGCAAUAAUACAAGCUUCUCAGUGACUUCACUGCUUCAUUCAUCUUCAAGUUCUAAGCUGAGUUUCAAAUGAUGAAUUGGUGAUUUGUUCUUAUUAUUACUAUCUUUCUAUAUGAUCCUUAUGUUAUAUGUAUGUAAAUUUUGUUAUAGUUGAAUUAAAUUUCAACAAAUAGAUCCAGAAACUGCAAGUGUGUGGCUUUUGGGAGUGUGAUUGUUGUGUGAUAAUAUCUAAACAGUUUGAACUUGUCAAUGUUAUAGUUCAAAUUCAAAUAGCAAUGAAAUGUAACCAAUGUUGGUGCUAUUAUUAUUGAUUUCAAAUAA